AUGGCGUACUACGAGGAUCGUCGUCGCGAGCCGCGCGACCGCUACUCACGCCCCAUCGAUCCGUACGAUGACCCUCGUGGCCGUUAUAGAAGACACGACCGAGACUCAUAUGUGCCACGCGCCAGCACCGACUCUAUCGAGGAAGUGCAGCGCGAAUACCCACCAGGCUCAGACUAUGCUUACGAGCGUUCGUACGGUUCUCGGCGGCCAAGACGACCUGUUUACGAAAAUGUGCGCCGUGCCUCCUCCGUCAGCGGUUACGAUCCAUACAACGAUGCUUCCUACCGACGCUCCGAUCCUCGUCGGUCAAGACACUACGAGGAUAGACGCUCCCGUCGCCCAAGAUACGAUUCUGAUUCUUCUCCAAGUCGCUCCCCACCCCGCCACAGACGUCGCAAGUCAUUCAGCGAGCAAGCCCUAGGUGCCCUAGGCCUUGGUGGUGCCGCUGCUUCAGCCAGUCGCGGAGACCGAGGUCGUGGCCGUUCCCCGUCCCACCGUCGCCAUAGAUCAUAUUCAAGGUCACCGUCAGAUUCACGCAGUCGCAGUCGCCAUCGCGGAAGCAGACGUGAUGGAGGCAGCAAACGUGAUAAAAGCGAGCAGCGCAUUAUUCAGGCUGCUCGUGCCGCUUUGACAGCCGGCGCAGUUGAGGCUUUCAAACAGCGCAAAGAGCCUGGCGAAUGGACAGGUUCGAAAGGAAAGCGCGUUCUCACUGCUGCUGUGACUGCGGGCGGAACUGAUGGCCUUGUCGACAAAGAUCCUAGUAAGCACGGAAAACGUCAUGUUGUCGAGUCCACGCUUGCAGGUCUGGCUGCCAGUCACUUCAUGGGUGGCGGGUCACGCUCACAAUCUCGUGGCCGAGAUAGUGGUCACUCUUCAGGCGGUGGACUUAAGAACCUCGCUGCCACUGGAGCUCUUGCUGCUGCAGGAAAGGAAAUCUUUGACCGAUACUCCAAAUCGCGUUCUCGGCCUCGCGGCCGCAGUGAUUCCCGUGGAAGUGACGAGGACCACCGUGGCUCCCACAAGCGCAGCAAGAGCGUCUCGGAGUACAUUAGCAAGGGCAUGGCUGCCCUGGGACUUGGAGAACAAGAAGACAGUCGUCAUGACAGCAGAGACGGUCGUAGGGAGCACCAUCGGGAGCGUCGGGAGCAUCGGGACGACCGAGACCGACGUCACCGGAGCCAUCGACACGACUACACGGAUUCAGAUUCAGACAGCGAUUAUUACAACAGGGACUCGAGACGGGGCAAAGGCUCGAGAGAUGUAGGUCGACACCGUUCAUUGGACGGCAGAACUCCACCCCCAUAUACACCGCGCGAAGCCGGUCCAAAGGACCGCGGCCACAGGUCCAGCUCCGAAAGUGAUUCUGACCUAGGUUCCAGUUCUGAUGAAAUGAAGCAACGCAAAAAGCUGAAACGGGAUAUGCUUCUGACGGGAGGUCUGGCCAGCGUGGCUACCAUCCACGCUGCGCACGGUCUCUACGGUAGCAUGGAGAAGAGGAAAGAGCGGAUGAAGCAGUUGAAAGAGGGAGAGAUUACGCCUGAGGAGGCUCGCAAACGUCGCAUGAAAGCUAACACCAAGGACGCUGUGAGUAUUGGUCUUGCUGCGCUUGGUAUCAAGGGCGCCUAUGGGGAAUGGAAGGAGGUUGUGGAGAAGAAAAAAGAAAAUACGCAUUUCCGGGAAGAAUGUGCUCAGCGGGCUGUUAAGCGUGAGCUUCGUCGUGCUCGUAGCCAGGGUGCGCCACGUCAUCGAUGGCCCGAUGAGAUUGAAUAUGCGACCUCGAUAAACGAACGGAAUGACACCCCUCUUUACCGUGAUGGGAAUCCUUAUGGAGCUCAUGAGACGGCGCAGAUCUCUUACUAG